GAUUGUCUGAGCUUCCUGAAGGGGUUUUAUAUGUACCAUAAGUCCCCAUGCUGCAGGAGGUGCAUGCUGGUUCCACUGACGGGGGAAUAAAACAUCAAACAAAAAAACAUCUACAGCAGGUGUUUUUCUGCUGAGGCCAACAGGAUGUCCUGCUCCUGCUGCUGCUGUGUGAGUCCCAGCAGAGAGCUGCUGGACGGUGUCAGGAAGAAGGAGCGGCUCAUGAGACUGCAGCAAGAGGAGGAAGAGGAAGAGAGCAGAAGGAGCAUGGACAUCUCUCUGCUCAGAGAACAGUACAGGUGCACCAGAGAGACACAGAAGAGACACACUCAGGUGCUCCUGUUUAGGACAGUAUCGGAAGAACUGUCCAAGGCUGUCAGCAUCAUCCCUGUCCCUCAAGGUUUGAUGUCACCGUGGGAACCAAACAGCAGCUCGCCACCGCCAGCUGUAACCUUUAACCCUGACCCUACAACCUGCGACCCCUGGCAUGUCCACCUGGGCCUCCACCAGCACUGCUGUCCCCGUGUCACCGCACAGCAGCUCAUAGCUUCUUCCCCGGAAACAACAAACACCAACAGUUCCUCCCAACAUUCAUCAUCUUCCUGUGAGUCUGUCAGCAGAAAACUCUUUGUGGAUUUGACAUCUGAUUCUCCCUGUAGCUCCAUCUGCAGCACCAAAGAAGAAGUUCCCUCUGACACGUCAAGAGUAGACACAGAGAAUAUGGAUCCUGUCCAACUUCAUGUCUCUGGUUCACUCGACGCUGCAGAGCAACAUUCCAGAGAUGGAUCCAAAGAGGAGCAUUCUGCUGGCUCCUUCAGUGAUCCUUGGGAGUUUUCAGCCACCGGCUCUGAUGAAAGCUCCACCCCCAUCGCCUCCAUCAGCUACUCCCCGAGCAGCUCCAUCACCAGCCUGCAUGAGGACUUGAAGGAGCACCAGUCUGCUGAUAGAACAACCGGUAACGUCGUCCCACAGACUGGCAGCACCUCAUCCGCUUGGAGGGGCUCCAGGAAGUUUUCGGCCCCAGCCCUCAGGUUUGCCAGGCAGUUUAGUGUAGGAGGGGUGGGGUCCUCUGCCGAGGUCCACCACCCGUUUCCCAAUAGGAAGACCCCAAGGAUCUCUGAGGCUGCCCGGAGGCUGGGGAUGUACUCAUCCUUCUGAGAGUCUCGUCGAGUCCACGUCGAACAGCCAGUCCUUGUUAUGGUGUCCCUUUGCUCUUAAGUGUUCAUUUAUCAUCAAAAACUAAUGGGAAAUAAUGAAAAUAUGGCUGAUAUUAACAAAUAGCAGUCAAUAAAUGUAAUUAUGUCAUCAGUGACAAAAUUGGAUUUGAGUUAUGUUAAUUUGCAACAGAGGCGGUCAUUUCCCAGUCUGGAUUCAGGCCCCAUCACAGCACAGAGACUGCUCUUAUAAAGGUUUUAAAUGACAUUCAUCUCAGCAAAGAUUCUUGUAAAGUAUCUUUUCUUGUGUUAC